GGAUAUCCUUUACUACACUGUCCCUCUCUCUUCUCCCUUCCCUGAAAACAUCACUAAAUAUGUAUUGAAUUAUAAUUGAUUAAGGGAAACUAGCUUUGUUUGCUGCUGGUGAGCAGGAAUGUAUUUUCAGUGGAGAAAAUCCUUUAACUUUUCCUACACAGAAUGGCAGUAGUAUCUAUGUGAGCAUUGGUGGGUGGGGGUCAGUGGAUGCAUCAAUCAACAGGAGAUGGAAAACCUCUCAGCAGUUGAUGGGACAGGCUGUCCCUCAGCUUUUAAUGGCAGGAAGAAAUUAGAGUUAUGGAAAGAAACAUUUUUCUUUGGCUAAAGCCUCUGUGUCAAUUCCUGGUUCCUUCUGUGUUCUUGAUUACAGCAGAGCACAGCAGCUGCUUUAGGCAGAGCUAGGGAAGUGUGUGAAAACCUCAGCCCAAAGCCAAGGUGUGCAUCUUUCCAGAGUUGCUCUGGAUCUGGGGCACCAGGGCAGUGCAGGGAAGGUGCUUGGCUCUGCACUCAGUGAAGUGAUGGGCAGAAGAAUGGGAGAGAUGCCUGUUGUGUAAGGAAGGCACCGUUUUUCUGGGGAUUCUUAUGAAUUUCAAUUUUAUCUGCUACUGCCUUCAGCAGAGCUGUGCUGGCUGCAGGGAGCUGUGGGCACAGGCAGCUUCAAAAGCUGCAGUUCUGAGGUGGGUUUUACAGCUGGGGAAAAACUGAUUUCCAUACCCACUGCACUGAUGGGCUCCAAGUGUACAAGUGGAAACUCUACCGAGGAAUUGCUUCCCCCAAAGCCUUUCCUGCAGUGGAGGCGAGACUGAAGAGAUGGUUGGGACCAAGAUAACAGGCACAGCCUUUAUUUUCCCAAAUUCCUGUCCUGCCUUCCAAGACCAGGAGUAACAUUGUUUUGCAGUUCUCUCCCAGUUUCUUCUGAGCAUCUUGCCUCUUCUCAGGGAGAUCCUGGCCAGCUGUCUAGGAGAUCAAAUUAUGGAAUUAUUUUUAAAGGAGCUUUCAUAUGGGUAGGGGAUUUCACUGCUGUGCCUGGCUGGAACAUCUGUGGUUGGAGGAAUAGAAUUAGUGCAGCUGGUAUCUUCUUCUGGGACACCUUUGUGCUGGGAAAUCUUUAACUAAGACAUGAGCACUAAAAAAUAGAUACUUUCCUUCUUAAACCAUGAGCUUUUUUUUUUAAUACAGUGUAACAUGAAUCACUUUAGCACAGUUUCAGUUUGUGUCUCGCUCUUGCUCUCAGCAGCACUGGCCAUGCUCUUUCCCCAUACCAGGUAAGGUCUUUUCUUAAUCAUUAGCAGUAUUUCACUCUGCAGGAAGUGAUUGAUUUCAAGUAAGAAUUCAAUCUGCUUCCUCUCCAAGCUGGCAUCUCUUCUGUGCUGUUUUAAAUUUCCAAUAUUUGGUGCAUUUGCUCUGCCCCCCUCCUCCUUGCCAGCUUUUUGAUGUGCUUGCUCUGGCAUUACAGCCGUGGUUUGUGCCUGGUGCUGCCAUCCUGUGCCACUUCUCCUAAGUUUCCUUGAUCCAGUUACUGGAUGAGUCGUGGUCACGCAGUGAGGCUUGAAGGGCUUUGUACCGGGGAGUGUGACAUCCAGAUCUUGGGGUGUAGGAGGGAUUCUAUGCUUUCUCUGCAGUGUUCAGAGACUGAAGGCCUCUAACAGGUUGUUCCCUGCUCCCUCAGAGAGGACAGGAGGGAACCAGCCUGGACAGUAAGCCAUUCCAGGAGCAGAAUGAGUCUCUGCUGCAUUAGACAUGGAGAGUUCCUGUCCCCAGUACAGGUGCUUUGACUAACAGUGGAAAUUUGUCUCUUUUACUCCAUUAGGAAAGGAAAUUUCAGGCCUGGUGCAGACAAAGAGGGGAAAGGCACAUAGACAGCCCUCUGGUCUCAGCACAGCUCUGCCUUUCUGUAAACAAGUUUACUUAGCAUCCGUCAGAACCGCAGCUCUGCAGUUGCUGCACACAGGAGCUCCUGGCCUUGCCCGCCACAGGCUGCCCUUUGUGCUGCUGCUGAAGGCCUCCUUUCAGCCCUGCCCUGGCCCCGUGCCUGCCAUGGCCACCUGGGGCUGGACAGCCCCUUGCUGGCCUCAGAGUUCACCAGCCCCUGCCCUUUCGUCUCAGCACCUCUGACUCUCCCCAGCAGAGCCCUCCAGAGCAAGCAGGAGCGGCUCUGCCUGGGAGAGGCUGCAGCUGGUGCUGGUCAUGCAGAUGAGUCUCCUCUCCCUUUUGGUUGCUUGCCCAGCUGGCCUGAGUUCCUGGACAGCAUGGUCAGGGCUCUGCAAACUGUUGAAAGUGUGAACUUCUCCUAUUUACUGAGCUCUUUCCAAGGUCACAUUUGUCAAAGGUGGGGAAGCAACCAAGCACAUCAUUAACCCUUUUUGUCCCCAUCAGCUGGAUGCAACAGGAACUGGCCAGCUUAAGGAUCUGUGGCAAAUUUAAGCCUUCUCCUCUUCUUCUUUCUCCAAACCCAACUGGCAUGUAGGUGUAGAGCACAGGAGGAUAAAGAGCUGAUUUUUAUUUUUUUCCCUAUCAGCAAACCUAGUUUCAACUCCUAUAAUGGAUUCAGAGCUCCAAAGGAAGUAAGUAACUAAGGAAGUUAGUACAAAGCCUUUGCAAGGUGCUGGCUUCUGAAUUCUGUAUAUUUGGUAUUUGAACUCACAUGUGGGCUCUUGAGCUUGUUUUGAGGUAAUGUGGAAAUCUCUUUUACUGCAGUAGCACAUCAGAAUGAGUCUGGGGGGAAAAAGCACAGAGCACACACACUAAAGGAAAAGACAUAGGAAAACACCUUGACCAGGGACAUCUUUCUGUAGCAGCUUGUGUGUGUUUGUUUUCAACUGCAGGGGAAUAGGAGAUUUUUAGGAAGUUUUUUAAAGCUUAAGUACUAGAAUGUGGAUAGUGGUAAAUAGGUUUUGUUUGGCAAAUUUCAGGAAGAGAUGUCAUUGUUCCAGCAGAUCUGUCCAGACUUAAACCAGGACUUUGUAAGCCAUUACUCAACCUUGCUCUGCUCCAACACUCCUUAUGAAUUUCUAAUGCUGGUAUUGACUCCUGAAUAAGGAGCUAGGUUGGAGGCAGAGAGUGAGGAUGAUGAGGUGCUGCAGUCAGUUUGUGUGAAGACUACUGGCCAAUGGCAAGUAACCUCCAGGGGCAAUGAUGUGACAUGGCCAUACCUGCCUCCCGUAAGUUCUUACAGGUGGCCUGUGGGGAGGGUCUGGUUGGCUUCCCCCAGGGCUGUCACUUGUAGUGACUCUUCCAGUCACUAAAUACCUGGGGUACUGGCUACCAUGUCACUGUGCUGGCAGCUCACCCCACCUUCUUCUUUCUGAGCAUGGAAAUAGCAGUUUUGUAAAGUUGCCUUUGCCAUCAUCCCCAGUAGGUCUUUCUACAGCCCAUGUGUCUGGAGUUCCACUGGCCCCUGCAUCACUUGGAAAGCUUAUCAUGUAUUUCCUUGUGGUAACUGAUAUUUUCUUCCCAUUUCCUCACCUCAGUUAUAACUAACCUGUGCUAGGGAGAGGGAGAAGAAGUGCAGCAAAGAGAUUUCCCUAAAAUAAGACAAUCUGUAGUGUUAACAUGUGGGAAGGAAGAACUGCCAUCAUCCACCUGGCCUUCUGCAAAACAUUCUAAUAAUUUUAGUCCAUUUUGUCCAGUUCCAUCUCCAGUAAAACUCUAAUAAGAUUAUUGCAUGUUGUUCUCCUUGGUGUUCUCCAACUUUGUUUCUCAUGAAAAGGCUUUUACUGUUAGUUUGAAAGCAACAGUUGCCCCCAGCUUGUGCUUCAGUGCUGAGACAGAGCUAAUGCUGGGGAAGAGCUCAUUCGUGCCAGAGCCUGGAGGCUUCCCUCCCUCUGGAACAGCUUGCACUGAGGUACAGAGCCUUGGCAGUGGUGGGUCACUCGUGUGCCUCAGCAGCCUGGCAGCCCCUCCAUGUGCCCCUGGCUGCCCCUGCCAAGUCCCUACAGGGCAAACAAACCAUGUGAGUGCACACAGGAGUUUUCUAGAGGUAGAACUGGUCCUGAGACUGAUGGCAGCACAGCUAAUGCAUGGCUUUCUCCUAGAUGUUAAACAUCUGGUCUUGUGAUGGAUGAUGUGUUUCUUGCUAGUUCUUUAUUUCUACAAAGUUCUUGGGUGAACAGGAAAGCCAUGCACGACCUUACCUUCAGUAAUAAGUUUCCAGCUCUUGGUUGCACUCCCUCCCUGGAGAUGGCAGCAUGUUUGGGUGUUUUUACAAGUUGAGAAUUCUGUUUCUUGCCCCAUGGCCAUGGAGCUUCCGUUCAACCUGCCAUUUGCUUGGGAAAGGCUGCUGCUGGGUCCAGAGCUGUCACUGAGGCAUUUGUUGAGGUUCACAGGCCAUGUCCUCCUUGUCACAGUCGGAAUGAUGAUGAUGGUGUGGGCAGGAAGACCUGGCCACUCUGGUGCUGCUCUCUCUGUAAAUCAUGUUUAGAUCCUGAUAUCCUGCUCAUGCAUAGAGAAACUCAAGCCUGUGAGGAGCAGGACUUGUGGUGGUCACACAAAACAUCAGUAGCAGAGCAGAGAACUGAACCUCCUGAACUGGGUCCCCUGCCUGUACUUAGAAUCUCUCCAGAUUCUAUCUAACAGGUGGCUGGAAAAGGCCUUUGUGUCUCACUUUGAGACAUGAGACUUUACUAAUAGUGUGCAUGUGCUGGGGUUUGGUACCUGACCCAAACCCUGUCCUUCCCAUCACUAGCUUUUACCAAGAGACUGAAAUGGGAUUGUGGCAUUUGAUGUGGGUCCAUUAGAGAUCUGACACUCAUUGGGACUGUCAGGGAAGCAGGUGGGAAACCUCUGCUUGUUAAAGAAACCUGCUGGAUGGGUGCUUGGGUUUCUCAGCUGGCAGAGUGGAGGCAUGUGAGGACAUGAGCUGUUAGGUUAGAAGGGAAAAUCUAAGGAGAAACAUGGAGAGAACAGUGCUGGUUAUGAGCAGAUGUUCUCCCAGGCUGCAGCAAUGGGCUCUGGAGGAACCUGCAUCUUGUUUUGUGUUCCCCCACCUGUGUGCCCGCGGCAGGGCCCUUGGCACCUGCAGCAGCAGCAUUGAGGGGCAGGAGCUGAGAAGGGGCCCAGCAUCAAGCCGUGGCUCCUGGGGGGGCUCAGCUGCAGGUAUUUCAUGCAAUGUGUGUGCAAGAAUCUGCUGCUGCCUCUGAGCUCACAAGUGUUCCUGAGGCACCAGACCUGACUGAAAGGGUUGUGUUGCCCUGGGCUGAAGUGCCGGUAGGGUAAAACCACAAGAACUCAGGACAGCAAAUGCAUGUUAAGCACAUUCUGCCCUUUCUGUGUGGGCAAACUGAAAGUGUGUGUCGGUCUGAUGAGAGGAAUUAACAAAAUACAUGUCCAGCAGCCAUCCAAGUUUUUAAAAAUCAUGGAGAUCAUAAACAAAUUAGACUGUUUCUUUUGUAUUUGGCUAUCAAAAAUAAGCUCUGUGCCCUGCUUAAAGAGAGCUGCCAGAAAUUUUUUCAGGAGUUAGAAGCACUGAGAACAAGAGAGACUUUCUGGCACCUCUGGGUCUGGUGGCUCCUGUGGUUGGAAGACAGUGCUCCCUCCUCAUCCCUUUGAGAGCGGGGAUUGGGAAGGCCCAGCCCAGGUCAUACAAUCUCCUUUGGAUGGUGCCUGCAUCUGUUACAGAUCAUCUGAACUAACACCAGUCCCUGGUCACACACAAGGCAAAUGCACAGCUCUGGAGAAAAAAACAAACAUUCUUGGGAAAGGAAGCAAGACUUUCUUCCCAGCACUGUGUUCCUCUGCCAGAUGGGUUCAGUGGCAGUGUUGGUUCUGGUCCUGGGGGUGUUGACAGAGUCAGGAAGGUCACAGCUGGAGUGUGGCUCUUCUGUAUAGAGUUUGUCCCUUAAAAAAGCAGCCUGGAGCUGGGGCUUCCAAAGCAUUCUGUAUGUUUGGUCUGUUCAUAAACCGACAGCUUCCCCAUGCCACUGUUGCCAGCUAAAUAGCUCAGCUCUGCUUGGUUCUCUCCUGCAUUAACUAUAUGAAUUCUGUAUUUCCUCCUGUUCCACUCUCUGGCAGUGAAACCACAGGAUUUAAAGUAGAGAGGUCCACUGGAAAUGGCACUUUUUGGAAGAGCUAUGGGAUGGGAUAUGAGUCUAUAGCUCUGCUGGCUGGUUUUGCAGCACAGGAUGGGAAGGGCCCUGCAAAGACUUGGGUGUUUGUGGGGAGCUCUUGUGGAACACAAAUCUGUGUGCUUGUACAGGGGAGCCGAGAUGCCACCUCUGGUGCACAGACCAUGGAGGUACCAAGUGCGUGAGGACAGUGUGUUCUCUGCUACACCCAGCUUUGACUGGGUUCCUGCCUGGGUCUAACCUGCACAGGCUGAAUGCUGGGGACUUAAACUUGUCUCUGUCAAUGCUCAUUGGGCUACCAUUAAACCUGGCAGCUGUUUCACUGGAUACCUUGUAGCUUUUCCACCUCUAGAAAGAGCUUUCCAAACUAGUCUAGAACUUUGCUGUGUUCCCAAGAUUGUGGACAGCCUGGAAUAGCGCUGAGGAUGGUGGGAGCUACUCUUCUAUGGAAGCCCUGCAGUAAGUUCUCAGCAGGUUUGUACCAGCAGGGAAGGUGAGUGUGUUGGCCCUCCUGUUCCAGGAAGGGAUCUGAAGGGAGAACAAAGUGUGGUGCAGCCCAUUAAUGAGGACUCUUUGCUCUCCUCCCACAGUGCCUUCUGUCUGCAGGAGACAAGGAGGGCUCCAGGCGAUUAAAGCUGGGGCUGGCACUGCCAAGACAUGCUGUUGCCAUCUCUCUUCCUGGGCUACAGAGAGCCUGGGACAAGUCUUAAGUGCCUCUGGUACACCAAGGUUCACACACCAGAGUUGGGGUGCCUGGGGCACCUCUGUGCCUUGCCCCAGGGAACCCGUGUGCUUGCUCCAGCUUUUGACUCCCUAUUUCCCAGUCCUGAUAACCAUUGUGUCAGUUCAGCAGAGUACCCGCAGGACCCGGUUCCCACCCUCUGGAACGAGCCACCCGAGCUGCCCUCCGGAGCCGGUCCCUUCGACGCUGCCACCAACCCCGCCCGGCUGUCGGACGCCACUGCCUUCCCCCCGUACACCUCGGAGCUGGAGCCCGAGGACACCACCCAGCUGCACCGGCUGGACGCCGGGGAUGGCUCGCUGGGGCCUGGAGCUAUUGGUGCCAUUGUCAUCGCCUCCCUCCUGGGUACGUCUGUGCUUGUGGCCUUGGUCAUCAUCACACUGAGAAAGUUCUCGGCUUCCUGAACUCAAUAAAAGAUUUUUCUGUUAACACAA